AUGUCACAGUCUCAUGAGGUAGACGAAGAUACCAAUAUGGCUAUUUCGUAUACAACCCAGUCGUCAACCGGACACCCUCACCAAACCCUCCCCUCAUUCCGCGAGCUCCUCCCCGCUCACCUCCACGAUGAAAUCGAAUCAACCUCCCCAUUCUACACCACCCCCCGCCACUCACAAGACCGCCCACCCUCAGGCCACGAAAUGGCCGACCCCCGCUCAAUCCCAUACAGCAAUCAAUCCAACCAAGUUCCCUACGAAUCCCACCGCGAAUACACAGUCUCCCGCGGCGCAGACCACCAACCCCGCAUGCCAGAUCCAGGCCACCAUCACAUGCAUCUAGCCGAAAACGCAUCCCGUGGGCCCAGCCCAAUUCUCCCUCCAAUCCGCGACCUGGACUCCAUUCCCGGCCGAACAAUGAACCCGUCCAGCAGUGGGUAUCCCGAGCGGCCCCCACGCUCCGACCCCUUCGUUGCGCAGGAAUACCGCCAGCCCGCGCCGACGGCAGCAGCAAUGUCCGCUGAUCCGCGCGGCGAGCACUUUGCCCAGCCCAUCAUGCAUCCCCAGUCGCCGUAUGGACAUCCUGGUGUCGGGUAUGCCGAUGAGCAGAUGUCGCCGCAGAUGAUGGGGCAUGGGCAGGGGAAUUUCGGGAUUAUGGGGGAUCCGAUUGAUCCUAAGACGAAGCGGAGACGGGGCAACUUGCCCAAGCCUGUUACGGAUAUCUUGCGGGCUUGGUUCCAUGAGCAUCUUGAUCAUCCUUAUCCCAGUGAGGAGGAUAAGCAGAUGUUUAUGACGAGGACGGGGCUUUCGAUUAGUCAGAUCAGUAACUGGUUUAUCAAUGCUCGGAGACGACAGCUUCCUGCGCUGCGGAACCAAAUGCGCAGUGGUGCGGAUACGGACUCUCAACGACAGUCGCCAUUUAGUGAUGUCGAUGGAUCGGAACACAUGCCCUCUCCUCAUCACUAG